GGUGUUGGAUUCUUACGGCUGAAAGACAAACCGCUGUAAUAAGGACAAAGUAUGUUCAAGUUAUAUUAGGCCAGAAUAUGAGCUUUUUUGAUACAUACGGAAACAAUGGGGACAUAAUGAACCAAGUCUUGACUGAUGUUCAAGUAAUUCAAUGUGCUCUUAGUGAAAAGGUUCGGAGUUAUAUUCACAACAUUGCAGCAUGUGUCGGUGGGCUUGUCAUUGCAUUGAUAAACUGCUGGCAGAUUGCAUUUGUAGCAUUGGCAACAGGCCCAGUCAUUUUCGCUACAGGUUGGAUUUCAAACGUAUUCCUCCGUAAAUUUGAAAUAAACCUUCAAGAUGCUUAUGUUCAUGCUGCAAAUGUUGCUGAAGAGGCACUGGCAAACAUUAGGACACUAUAUGCAUUCACAAAUGAAGCAUUGGCCAAGCAUUCUUAUGCAGCAUCUCUAUAUAAUACAUUAAAAUAUGGUAUCACAAUAAGCCUUGUUCAAGGACUUGGAGUUGGAUUCACAUAUGGAUUUGGAAUGUGUUCUUGUGCUUUGCAACUUUGGGUAGGAAGGUUUUUAGUUACAAGUGGACGAUACAGUGGUGCGGAAAUCUUGACUGCCGUUUUUGCUAUAGUUUUAAGUGGCCUUGGGUUGAAUCAGGCUUCAACGAACCUAUAUUCAUUUGAGCAAGGUCGUAUAGCUGCAUAUAGACUUUACGAGGUUAUAAGACACUCUGGUUCGACUGCUAAUUUGGAUGGAGAUACUUUAGUUUCUGUACAAGGAAAGAUUGAGUUUCAAAAUGUUUUCUUCAGUUAUCCUUCUUGUCCUGCGGUUCCUAUCUUAAGUGGAUUUUACCUUACCGUCCCUGCCAAAAAAACCGUGGCACUUGUCGGAAGAAGUGGAUCAGGCAAAAGUAGCUUGACUCGCCUCCUGGCACGCCACUAUGAUCCUAAUCUUGGAGAGGUUCUUUUGGAUGGAGUUAAUACCAAAAACCUGAAGCUAGAAUGGUUGAGACAACAAAUAGGGCUUGUGACACAAGAACCUGCUUUAGCAUGUUUAAGCAUAUUGGAUAACAUUGCUUAUGGGCGCCCGGACAUAACUUUGGAUCAGAUUCAGGAGGCUGCUAAAAUAGCAAAUGUGCAUGCAUUCAUAAGCUCUCUUAAAAGUGGAUACGAGACUCAGGUGGGUAAAUUUGGGUUAGCAUUGACAGACGAACAGAAGACAAGAAUCUCAAUUGCUAGAGCAGUUCUUUUAAACCCUUCAAUUCUGCUGCUUGAUGACGUUACCAGCAAACUUGAUUUGGAAGCAGAAAAUGCUGUCUAUGAUACCUUACAUAAGAUCACACUUGGUAGAUCAACUAUCAUGAUUGCUCGGAGAGUAAAUCUUGUGAAAGAUGCGGAUUCGAUUGCUGUGAUGGAUGGUGGUCAGUGUGUUGAAAUGGGUACACACGAUGAACUGAUUAGCGCACACGGGUUGUAUUCAGAGCUACUUAGAUGUGAAGAAGUGGUCAAACUUCCUGAAAGGUUGCCAAGUAAGAAUGAAAAUGCGAAUGACUCAAAUAACGGUAUUGAAAUGAGUUCAAACUCGGACCAUAAAGUUAACGGCACCCCGCGUUUAAGUAAUCGAGUUGGUGAUAUGGUUCAGUUAAUCGGGAAAUACAACAGUAAACAUCAGAGUUUGCCAUCUUUAGGGAGACUUGUGAAGCUAAGUUUACAAGACUGGUUGUAUGCAGUUUUGGGAAGUGUGGGGGCUUCCAUCUUUGGAUCUUUUAGACCAAUUCUAGCCUACAUUGUAGGGCUGAUAAUGACCGCAUAUUAUAAACGUGAUGCAAGUCGUUUUGAUGUUGACAAAUGGUGCUUGAUAAUCGCUUGUAUGGCUAUCGUUGUUCUAGUAGCCACCGUGUUACAACACUUCUACUUCGGAAUCGUGGGAGAAAAACUGACCGAAAGAAUCAGAAGAAUGAUGUUCUCAUCCAUGCUCGAGAGCGAAAUAGGAUGGUUUGAUAAAAAUGAAAACAAAAGUGACAAUUUGUUGUCACGAUUAGCAAACGACGCCACAUAUGUUCGUGCUACUUUCACCGACCGCCUGUGUAUUCUUAUCCAAGACUUUUGUGCUGCUUUUGCUGCUAUAGUUAUUGGAUUCUCUCUAGAAUGGAGGCUGGCGUUGGUCGCUUCGAUUACCAUACCAUUUCUUAUCGUCUUUACAGUUGCACAGAGAAGGGGAUUUUCCGGGUUCUCAAGGGGGAUUGAGGAGCUUCACAAGAAGGCUUCCGUGGUUCUUGAAGAUUUGGUAAAGAACAUCUCUAUUGUGAUGGCAUAUUGUGCUGGUAAUGAGGUAUCAAGAGUCUAUAGUUUAUACCUCAAAAAAGUUUACAAACAAACUUUACUCCAUGGGAUGCUAACCGGAUUCAUGUUCGGUUUUUCACGAUUUAUGUUUUUCGCUUGCAACGGUAUUCUACUAUGGUACACUGCUGUUUCUAUAAGAAAUGGAUAUAUUGACCUUCCAACAGCCCUUAGAGAAUACAUUGUCUUCACUUUUGUUACUUUCGCACUCGUGGAACCUUUCGGGAUCAUGACACGUAACACAGACAAAACCAGAAAAGAUCUUGUCCGGGUGUUCGAUAUCAUCAAUCAUGUUCCCAAGAUUAGCCAUGAUGAGUCUACUGCUCUUAAACCGGUUAAUGCUUAUGGAACUAUCGAGUUUAAAAAUGUCCACUUUUGUUACCCGAAAAGUCCAGAAGUCAUGGUGUUGCGGGAUUUCACCGUUAAAGUUGACGGUGGACACACGGUGGGUGUAGUCGGGGUCUCGGGUUCAGGAAAAAGUACUCUACUUUCUUUAAUUCUAAGAUUUUAUGAUCCAGUUUCCGGGCAGAUACUUUUAGAUGGAAAAGAUUUAAAACAGUUUAAUCUAAGAUGGUUAAGGAACCAACUCGGUUUGGUCCAACAAGAACCUGUGAUGUUCUCGACGAGCAUUAGAGAAAACAUCGUUUACGCAAGACAUAACGCAAGUGAAACUGAGAUCAAAGAAGCAGCGAGAAUCGCGAAUGCACACCAUUUUAUUAGUAGUUUGCCUAAAGGGUAUGACACGAAAGUGGGUCCCGGUGGAGUGGAGUUAACACCGGGACAAAAACUUCGAGUCGCGAUUGCUCGUGUGGUGUUGAAAAGCACGCCCAUUUUGUUACUAGAUGAGGCAGACAGUAGAAUUGAAGACGAGUCAAGACGUGUGGUACAAGAGGCACUAGAUAGACUCUUAAUUGGCAGCAAAACAACGAUUUUAGUUGCACGAAGAGAGUCAAUGAUGAGACGAGUUGACAAAAUAUUGGUUGUUAAUGGAGGCCAGAUUGUGGAAAGUGGGACUCAUGAUUCUCUUGUGUCAAAUAAGGAUGGUGUUUAUGCGAAAUUGACACAACCUCGUUUUGUAAAAGGAUUACGGCCUCAUUUUCUUGCUUCUACACAAUAGCUUUUAAUUAUGUUUCUAUUAUGCAAAUAAUUGAUUUUGUAAUUAACGUUUAUAUAUAUAUAUUUUUAGAUUUUUUAGUUUA